UAAUAAAUAUUCUUUUUUUAUUAAAGUGGACAUGCCUUUUGCGUUUAAGAGUAAAAGCUUUAAGUUAAUAGUCUAUUCGUGUCUCAGCCGCGAAGCUGAGCUCCUAUGUUCAGCAACUCCCAGCCAUAAGACGUGUCCUGGUUGAAGACAGAAAACAUAGCUACCUCAACCCAACCUGGCAGGAUGUUUCCGUGUUGGAGUCCAUCAACGCAGCAAUGAAACCACUGGCUGACUUCACAGACAUCCUCUCAGGGGAAAAAUACGUCACGGUGUCCUCAGUUAAGCCUGUGCUGGAACUGAUUAAAGAUUACCUCUCUCCAGGCCCUGAUGUCACUGCACCGACAGCCAGUAUUAAACAAAACAUGUGCAGGGUACUGACUGAAAAAUACAGCUCACCUGCAAUCCAAAUUCUCCUGAGAAAGGCCACCAUUUUGGAUCCAAGGUAUCGUGGCAGCAUGGAGGAGGCAUGUGCAUUGGAUGAUGUCAAACAUCAGCUUGUGCAAGAGCUACUGGACUUAGGACCAGAAGGAAGUGGAGAAGGUACCAGUGGUGAGAGCUGCAGCAAAGCCGCUGGAGGAAACGAGGAUGAACCUACUGCUGCCGCACCCACCAAGAAGAAGAGGCUGAGUGACCUUCUUCAAAACAGAAAAGCUCGUCAUCUCAGUCAGGCCCAGGCUGCAUUUCCAAAAAGAGUACAGGCUGAUGCAGAGCUGACCAAGUUCCUCCAAGAAGAUGCACUUGAUGCAUCUUGUGAUCCCUUGAUGUGGUGGCAUUACAAUCAAAGAAGAUAUCCUUUGAUGGCCAAGUUGGCCCAAAAAUACAUGUGUAUUUGUGCAACAAGCACCAGCUUAGGGAGAAUGUUUAGCACAGCUGGCAAUAUUGCUACUCCUGAGAGAUCCUGCCUUAAGCCACACAAAGUCAACAUGUUGGUAUUUCUUGCUCGGAAUCUGCCAUAAAAUCUCUCUCUCUCUCGUCCUUGGUGGACAUAGACGUUUGCUUUAUUUAAACAAAGCUUUAUGCU